AACUAAAUUUAAUAAGAAUGGGAAACGCCGGAUCCGCGCCAUCGAAAACUCGGAAGGAGCGGAGGAAGGAAACCAACGACGGCGUAGAUGAUCGUACCGGGAAGAGCAGGAAAGUCGUGAACGGUACGGAGGCGCGCAUCAGAAAAGAGUUGCUGAAGUAUCGAACCACUAAUCCCUUCAUCAUCUUUUUCUUGCGAUUACGCGGCAAGAAGCCGAAGGAGCACGUAACCGUGAUCGCGCGAGCGGCGGGUAAAUUGUGGACUCGGAUGACUCCCGAGCAGAGGAAAAAGUACAUCGAUUUGGCGAACGCUGAGAGGAAACGGCGCGAGGAAAGAACUAGAAAGCGAAAGCAUAGAAGAAGAGAGACUAAACGAAGAAGUUCGAAGUGAUUAAAUUGUAUCCAAGCUCGUAUUUUUCAUUCCUUUUUAUUUGUUAGUAGUCUUUUUUUAGAUCUAUGUACAAUAAAUAUUGAUGUAUUUUUUACACUAUUCAUAACUUUUUCUUAUCGUAUAAUAGUUACGCUAAAAAUUAGGCAAAUACUUGCCCCUCGCUCUCUUAUAGUCUCGUCU